AUGUCACACUAUGAUGAUGAUGAUAAUGAUGUUAUCACUGGCGACCAAGAUCCAACAAGUGAAACAAAUAAUGCAUUGUUAAACGGAAAUGAUUAUCCAAAUAGUCCAAUGGAUGGUGUACAGGAGUUCCAAGAUGGCCUCACGGAAGAUGAACAAUCGGUGGUUGUAUUGGAUCCAAACCAUCCACUUAUGGCUCCAUAUCAAAAAGCGCUUAAAGAGUAUCUCGUUAAACAAGAGGAAAAAUUUAAUAUCCAAUUACGAGAAGCUGACAAUGAACUAAAACAAAUGCGUGAUAAACGUGAGGGACUCGGUGUAACUUUGUAUAAUCUUCAACAAGAACUAGCACGUCAUCAAAUGUUACUCGAAAAAGAACAUGAUCAUUAUGGCGAAGUAAACCAAGAUCGACAACGUAUUGAUCAAGAAUUGACACAAACAAAAGAUAGACAUUUAAAGAAAAAAGAUGAUCUCGAUACACAAAUGAAACAAACUUUGGAUACUCAAAAAGAACGUGAUGUUCUUCAACGUCGAUUGUACUAUUUAAGUAAAGCUAAAAAUGAUGUACGUAAUGAUCUAUCAACAAUGCGUCGAGCAACAGAAAAAGUCGAUUCUGAAGUAACAAAACUUGAAGCAGAUAAAAAAGAACAAGAUUUUUUUGUUAAUCGUCUUGUACAACGAGUUGAUAUGUUUCGAGAAGAAAUAGCACAAAAUGAAUAUCAAUUAAAAGUUCAAAUGGAGGAACGAAAACAUAUCACUCAAACAUUAACUGAAGCAAAACUUGAAUCAGAAACAUUAGAAUUAGAAAAAAAACAAUUAAUGCAAAACUGGAACAGUUGUUUAAUUGGUAUUCGAAGACGUGAUGAAGCACAAGCAACAAUGAAUGAAGCUGUCAGAUUACAAAAUCAACGUAUCGAUACAAUGCAUACUGAAAUGGAAUCAUACAAACGUUCAAUUGUAAAAGAACAAGAACUAAAUGAAAAACUUACAUUAGUUUUAAAUCGAACAAAAUAUGAAAUACAAAAUCUAGAAAAACUACUCGAAAUAAACAGUGAAAAAUCCGAAACAACUAAACAAGAAAUGUCAACGUAUACAAAAGCACUCGAAGAAACUCAACAUAUGCUUAAUCGUGUUAAUAAUGAAAAAGCUGAAAAACAACAUGAUUUAGAUAUCUUACGACGUGAUAUUGAAAAAGAAAGUCAAGAAUGUAACAAAUUAGAAGAUGAAAUUUAUCAACGUGUUCAAGAACAAUUAACUGCUGAAAAAGCUGCUGAAUAUAGUUCGAAAUUACGUUUUAAACUUAAAGAAUCUACACGUGAAAUUGAACGUAAUUUAUCUAAACUUGAAAAUGAUAUCUCACGUGCACGAUUAGAAAAAACAUAUUUAUUAACAAAUAUUCAACAACUUGAAGCACAAUCAAAAGAAUAUAAUGAUCAAAUAAUGGAUAAAAAUCAAGUUAUAACACGUAGUGAACAAGAAAUCAAACGACGUGUUUUAUUAAUUGAACAAAAACAAAAUCAAAUUGAUUUAAUGAAUAAAAAAUUAGAACAUUUAAAAGAAAAAGCUGGUGGUGUUGAAUUAGGACCAUUAGAAAUUGAAGUAUUAAAUUUACAAAAAUCUAUAGCACAAACAGCAAAAGAAAUUUUCGAACUUGAACAAACAUGGUUACGAGGACAAAAUGAAUUAGUACGUUUAACAAAUGAAAAAGAUGUAUUAGAAAAAGAUACCGAUGCAAUGAAAUUAAAAUAUACAAUUUUAACAUCAAGAAAAAUUCGAACUGAAAAUACAAUUAAAAAUAUGGAAACUGAUUGUACGCAUUUAAAACGACAAAUGGAAUUAUUAACACUUGAUUUAGAACGUUUAAAUAAAUUGAUUUAUAAAGAAGCAACAAAUAAACAUUCAUUAGAACGAAACAAUCUUUUAUCAGAAGGUGAUUUUGUUCGAGAAUUAAAAAUAGCUGAAAAAGAUGCUAUACAUAUGGAACAAGAAUUAGUUGAAAUACGAAAGGAAAGAGAAAAUCUUUUAGCAAAUCUUGUCGAAGCAGAAAAACAAAUUAUGUUUUGGGAACGAAAAAUUCAGUUAGCAAAAGAAAUGAAAUCAGCUGUUGAUUCUGAAACUGGUCAAGGUGAAAUACGAGCAAUGAAAUCUGAAAUUCAUCGUAUGCAAGUUCGUUAUGAUCAAUUAUUACGACAACAAGAAAAAUUAAUUCGAGAUAUGGAAACAAGUGUAUUACGACGAGAUACAAUUGUUACUCGAGGAGAAUUUCAACAAAAAAUACCACAAAAUAAAGCUACUAUGCAAAGUACUGUACAAAAGAAAAUUACCGAUUUACAAAGAAAAAUACGAGAUUCAACUCAACACGCUGCUGAACUUGAACAGCAACUUGAUGAAUAUAAGAGUAUUCAACAAGAACAUGUGACACGUAUGACUGAACUUGAACAACAAAGAGAUCAAGCGACACAUGACAAUACUAAACUUGAUGAACGUAUUGCAGAAUUAAAUUCACGAAAAAAUAUGAUGUUUAUCACAUUAACUGAAAAACAAUUACGAGCGAAAUAUUAUGAACAAAUAAAAGAAGGAAAAUAUGUUAAAGUUCAUCAAACACCAGAUGCAGUUAAUGCAGCACGUGAAAAUCAAGUAAAUCGUUUAAGAUAUUUUGAAGCAAUUUUACAUGGUUUAUCUGAACGUUGUCCACAAUAUCAUCGUCAAUUUAUUCCCAUACAAGAUAUGCUUCGAAAACGAUUAGCAGAUCAAGUCGGUCGUCCAUCAUCCAGUCAAUGA